GCUGAACAAUAACAAAUACCUCAGGGACUCUCUAUUUCUUCUUUUAUGUUAUAAAAGUAAAGAAUAAUCAUGGAUUUACUUGGGUCAAUAUUAAGUAGUAUGGACAAGCCUCCAACAGUGAGUGAUAAACAAAAAGAAUUAUUGAAACGUCAAAAACAAGAAAUGUUAAAGAAGCAGAAUGCCGAGAAAGAAAUGUUAAAAAAGUUCAGAUUAAAGACUGAAAAAGAUUUGAAUAAUUUUUUAAAUGAUCCAAAAAAGACAAGACUGAAAUAUCCUCCUAUGGAACAGAUUUUUAGGUCAAUUGUACAUGAAGUAGCUGAAGAAUGUGGAUUAACAGCGCAUUCUUUUGGAAAAGAUGGCAUUGAUAGGUACAUUAUGGUAUUCAAAAAAGAGUAUCCACCUUCUGAAGAUGAAUUAGCAGUAUUAAGAAAUGGAGAAGAAUGGACUAAAGAAAAGGAACAAGAAAUCGCUUUGAGGAGGGAACUUGAAAGAGAAGAACAGAUUGAAGCCGCUAAAAGAAAAAAUGAAAAGUUCACCCCCAAUUCUAAUUAUCAAGAAAAGUACCAGCAUUUAAUUGGAUUAGAAGCUGCAAAAGAUGCUGCUAGAGCAACUAAAACCAACAAACAGUAUGGGUUUGUUCCAAGUGAAAAUAAAAAGGAUCACCGGUCAAUAGAAGAAACAUUAGCAGACAUUCAAAAGAAAAAACGAAAAUUAGCUCAUAAUCAAGAUUAGAAAUGUAACUGAAAACCUCUUAAAUGUAAUGCCUUUGCAGCAAGCAAUAUUUUCUAUUGUUUCGUUACACCCACAUUGUUAUUUUUAAACAAAUAUAGUAUAGAUACUUUCUGUGAC